UUAAUUUCAAGUUACAAAUAAUAAUGGAGUGUACAGCAAUCCCCUUUUCCUCCCCAGUUACAGGAAAUCCGCAGAAUCUUUUACUUGAUAAAGAACCUUUACAAAAAAAGUUAUUAUUGGCACAAGGUUCCCCCUCUAAUUCAAAUGGGGUUCUCAUAACUGCUGGUCCAAUUAAAAAAUGCAGUUUACUUAUUUCAGGAAUGAGCUGUGCCUCCUGCGUAGGAACUAUAGAAAAAACUUUAAAGAAUAACAUCUCAAUUUAUGACAUUCGCGUGAAUCUUCUUUCUGGAAAUGCUGAAGUUUGGUAUAACGAGAAAUUUAUAAAAGAAGCAGAGCUUUGCAAACUUAUAAGGAAUCUUGGCUUUGGAGUCGAACUUAUAAGGGAAAACAGCGCUGGAGUUCUAAACUUUUCUCUCCUUGACGUAAUUGAUGCUAACUGUAUUACUGCCAUUGAAAAACUUUUGAAGAAUGUGGAGGGCAUAAGCGAAGUGACUCUUUUUUAUCCAAGUUGCAAAGGCCACGUGCGCUUUGACGAAGAACUGCUCGGUCCGCGCGAUAUCGUAGAUCUUUUGGAAAGCUGGGGCUACAGAGCACGUGUUGAGGCAAACGGAGAGACUUCUUCUACUGACUCAGAGAUCAUUAUAUGGAGGCGCUCUUUUUUAAUCAGCGUUGCCUUUUUUAUUCCAACUUUUUUGCUUAUGCACCUUUUUUCCCGCAUUGCUGUACUCUACCACUUUUUAAUGAUUGAACCGAUAAGCGGAAUUUCUCUUAUGAACAUGCUCAUUUGGGCCUUUGCAACCAUUGUUAUGGUCGUCGCUGGAAAAAAUGUUUUUUUUUCUGCAUACAACUCGCUUAAGCACGGCCGCGCUAAUAUGGAUGUUCUCAUUGCUACCGGCUCGCUCGUGGCUUAUUUAUAUUCAGCGGCAGUGUCCUGUUGGACCGUUCUAUUCAGAAAGGGGACAGAAAAAGUUUUCUUUGAAAUGUCUGUCAUGUUGUUUACUUUUACUACGCUUGGCCGCUGGCUUGAGUGUGCAGCAAAAGCUCAGGCAUCUGAUGCCGCAAAAAAAUUAAUGAACUCUCAGCCAAUUAACGCCCGCUUAUUAAUUCAUAACACUGAAAAAUCAAUUUCUAUUGGUUUAGUGCAGCGUGGCGACCUCUUGAAAGUUCUUCCUGGGGAGCAGAUACCGGCAGACGGCACGGUUGUCUUUGGCUGCAGUUCCGUGGAUGAGUCUUUGAUAACCGGCGAAAGUUCUCCUAUUGUGAAAAAUGUUGGGGACUUCGUGUUUGGCGGGACGCUAAACCAACUGGGAGUGGUCCAUUUGAAAGUUACUAAUGUCGGAGACCACUCUGCUUUAGGACGAAUAGUGAAGUUAGUAAAGGAGGCUCAAGCCUCUAAAGCACCCAUCCAGCGCUUGGCUGAUCACAUUGCGGGAUACUUUGUUCCCUGCAUCAUUGGGCUUUCUCUGGCCACUUUUUUAGUGUGGUUUUUUCUUUGCAACAAUGGCCUUGCCGCUAUCCCCUUUGGUUCCUCCAGUUUCCGUUACUCUCUCCAAUUCGCCAUCUCCGUCCUAGUUGUUGCUUGCCCCUGCGCCCUUGGCUUAGCAGCUCCAACUGCCGUCGCAGUGGGGGUUGGGGUGGGGGCGGAAAACGGCAUACUAAUAAAAGGUGGAGAGGCGCUAGAAGGUGCCAAUCGAGUAACGACAUUGUGCUUUGAUAAGACCGGCACAGUAACGGAGGGCCUCCCACGUGUGUGCGAGAUAGUAGUGUUCAAUGGUAUGAACCAGAAACAAUUUUUAAAACUUGUACGACUCGCCGAAGAAAACUCCAACCACGUUCUCGCCAAGUCUAUACUUAGCUACGCAAAUACAAUGUCAAUGUCCGAUGACGAGACAGCCGUAAUAACCCAAGACCCCCUCUGCUUUCCUGGAGAAGGGCUGAGUUGUGUGGUUGGCCAAAGGACACUUCGCAUAGGCAGUUUCGCUUGGAUUAAAAACUUUGCUACGUCUGAAGAAGAUGUAUCCGAAAAAGUCAAAAAGUAUCAAGAUAACGGCUUCAUAACUUCCCUGGUAGCAAUAGACAACGAUAUAGCCGGACUUAUAACGCUGGUGGAUCAAGUGAAACCCGAAGCCAAACUGGUGAUUAAAACAUUGCAGAAUAUGAACAUUCAAGUUUGUCUUCUGACAGGCGACAACCAGACGGCCGCUCUCCGAAUUGCUAGUGAGCUCGGCAUACCCCGCCAGAAGACUUAUUACGAGUGCCUCCCGAGCCGAAAGUUAGCGAUAGUUAAAGCAAUGCAGGAAGCCGGGGAAGUGGUGGGGAUGGUUGGUGACGGACUGAACGACUCUCCUGCCCUCGCGCAGGCCGACUUGGGAAUAGCCGUUGCAAGCGGCACUUAUAUGACGGUGGAGGCCGCCCAGAUUGUGCUAACCACCGCCUCUCUCGCAGGCAUUAUCUACGCUAUCGAUAUCUCGACAAAGACGGUGCGCCGGAUUCGCUACAAUUUUGUUUUUGCGGUCAUGUAUAAUUUCAUUGCUGUGCCCGUUGCAUCCGGGCUGCUGGCACCUUUCGGGAUAGCCUUGAAUCCCGUUUUGGCUACGCUUGCCAUGAUACUUUCAUCGCUCACUGUAAUAGGAUCUUCACUGUUACUAAAGAGCUACCAAAAGCCUAACUUGGAACGCCCAGUAGGUCGUGCCAAAUCUACUCUGCAAGAGUGGCUUGUUAAUUUGGGUAUUCAGUGGAAAAACACGUGCUUCCGUGUCUCCAAUUUUUUGACCAAGUUAUCUUUUAAACGACGUCGGCGGCUAGCACGGUACUCUUCUACGGCGGUGGAAGAGAUGCGUUUGUUGUAAAAAUGUAAACAAAAUUAAAUUGCAUUGGGCGUGCAUU